CACCCCAACCCCCCACUACCCCUCCCACUCAAUGUGCAUGUGUAUGUAUACUUGCACUCCCAUUGGUCUAAUUCAUCUCUGUUACAAAGUAGAAGCUCAACAAAAGGCCAACAAAGAAAAACAAUGGGGAGAUAUGCAAUUCCAGUGAAGGGAUUAUUUGUGUUAUUCUGCCUCUGGGCAGUGGCUGUAGAGGCUGAGUACUUAAAAUAUAAGGACCCAAAACAGCCAUUGGGUGCAAGAAUCAGGGACUUAAUGAAAAGAAUGAGUCUUGAGGAAAAGAUUGGACAGAUGACUCAGAUUGAGAGGAAAGUUGCCACAGCUGAUGUUAUGAAGCAAUAUUUCAUUGGUAUGGAACAUGGAAAAGGGGCAGGGGGGGNACCUAAGGCCUCUGCUGAGGAUUGGAUCAACAUGGUGAAUGAGCUUCAAAAGGGUGCUCUUUCGACCCGCCUUGGUAUUCCCAUGAUCUAUGGGAUUGAUGCAGUUCACGGCCACAAUAAUGUCUACAAUGCUACUAUCUUCCCUCACAACAUUGGGCUUGGUGUCACUAGGGAUCCUAAUCUUCUAAAGCGGAUUGGGGCUGCAACUGCACUUGAAGUUAGAGCCACGGGAAUCCAAUAUGCUUUUUCUCCCUGCAUUGCAGUAUGUAGAGAUCCUAGGUGGGGUCGUUGUUAUGAAAGCUAUAGCGAAGAUCAUAAGAUUGUGCGAGCUAUGACAGAUAUAAUUCCUGGUUUACAAGGAGAUCUGCCAGCUAAUUCUCGCAAGGGUGUUCCCUUUGUUGCUGGAAAGUCAAAAGUAGCAGCCUGUUCCAAGCACUUUGUAGGAGAUGGUGGCACGGUGAAUGGGAUCGAUGAAAAUAACACUGUAAUUAACUCAAAUGGUUUAUUUGGCAUCCACAUGCCUGCAUAUUAUGAUUCAAUCAUAAAGGGUGUUUCAACGGUAAUGGUGUCUUACUCGAGCUGGAACGGGAAAAAGAUGCACGCUAACCGAGAUCUUGUCACUGGCUUCCUAAAGGACAAGCUCAAGUUCAGGGGUUUUGUCAUUUCGGAUUGGCAAGGCAUUGAUCGGAUUACUAGCCCACCUCAUGCUAACUACACUUAUUCAGUUCAAGCUGGAGUUUCGGCAGGAAUUGACAUGAUUAUGGUUCCAGAGAACUACACAGAGUUUAUUGAUACUCUAACUCAGCUAGUGAAAGAUAAUAUCAUUCCCAUGAGCAGAAUUGAUGAUGCCGUGAAGCGGACAUUGAGAGUUAAGUUUAUCAUGGGUCUCUUUGAGAAUCCAUUAGCUGACCUUAGCUAUGUAAACCAACUAGGUUGCCAGGAACAUAGAGAAUUGGCAAGGGAAGCAGUAAGGAAAUCACUCGUACUUUUGAAGAACGGAAAGAGCACUAGUCAGCCGUUACUUCCCCUUCCAAAGAAAGCGCCAAAGAUACUUGUAGCUGGAACUCAUGCGGACAAUUUGGGUUACCAAUGUGGAGGCUGGACAAUAGAAUGGCAAGGAGUUGCAGGCAAUGAUUUAACAGUUGGAACCACCAUUUUAAGUGCUAUCAAGAAUACCGUGGAUCCUGCUACGCAAGUAGUGUACGAGCAGAAUCCAGAUUCAAACUUUGUGAAGUCCAACGAAUUCUCCUACGCGAUUGUUAUAGUAGGUGAAGUCCCCUAUGCAGAGAUGUUUGGUGAUAGCACAAAUCUUACAAUAACAGAACCUGGUCCUAGCACUAUCAACAAUGUGUGUGGGGCUGUGAAAUGUGUUGUAGUUGUCGUCUCUGGUCGUCCAGUCGUGCUAGAACCUUAUGUCGAAAAGAUAGAUGCACUCAUGGCUGCAUGGUUUCCGGGAACUGAAGGCCAAGGUGUUGCAGAUGCUUUAUUUGGUGACUAUGGUUUCAGUGGUAAACUUGCUCGCACUUGGUUCAAGUCAGUUGACCAGCUUCCUAUGAACGUUGGCGAUCGACAUUAUGAUCCCCUCUUUCCCUUUGGAUUUGGUCUCACUACUCAGCCAGUGAAAAGGAAUUAAAAGACAUGAUUGAUUUUGUCAUUCAUUCAGCUUUCAGAUAGAGUUUAAGAGCUGUCCCAGAAUACUAGUCGACAAAAGAGAGAAGGUACAGAAAGAAAUAUUAAAAUCUUUAUUAAGUUAUUGCGAAAUCGUUGCUUUAUUUUUUUUUUGGUUUAAAAGAUAAACAUAUAUUAAUAUUAAAUAUUGCGUACAGAGGGCGGAUGCUUA